AUGAAACCAAAAUCUCCCCUCCCACUCUCUGAUGAGUGGAAGGAUGCAGAUUCUUACGUUGACUCUCUCCUUUCUUUUGCAACCACGACCACUCUAUUUCAGAAUCUAUGUGGUGGAGUCCAUAUACUAGAUUUCCUGACGAGAGAGCCUGAUCUGUUCACGACUUUGCUCCCGGAAGAUUGGAGAGAGUUCUUUGGACAGCAUGAUAUUCAAGAUAUCUUGCAUCUUCUGAUGAGGGAAGAUAUAGAUUCGCUUCGAGAGAACAUUUCGCGAUUGAGCAAUGGAGCUUCAGAAGAAUCCAUCCAUUAUGAGGAUGCAAAGUGGAAGGGAGGCCCUCUACCUCCAGCUAGUCUCUUGGACUAUAUUCACCAGAUUCGGAGGUUCAGUCUAAAGAGGGACUUCACCCCUUCGAACACCAAGGGUACGAUACCUCGACAUGUUGCUGUUGGUAUGAAGCCGAAAAAGUGCCAUGAGGUCGAGAAUUUCUCUCGAUAUGUCAAUUCCCUUUCCGCAACUGUAGAAGAGGAGAGAGGGGAGUCUGUUUCUCAUAUCGUGGACUUUGGAUCGGGCCAAAAUUACCUCGGACGGACACUUGCGAGUCCUCCAUUCAAUAAGAAUAUAAUCGCAAUCGAAAGGAAACAUCAUAACAUCGCUGGUGCCAGAGGCAUGGAUGUCCAUGCUAAAUUGGCGGAGAAGACGGUCAUUCUCAGGAACAAGAAAGAGUAUAACAAAAGCAAGAAAAGCGCACUGGAGUCGUCCUCUGACUGCUCUAAUUGCUCUCCGAAGGGUUCAGACACCCCUUCCAGCGAUGUUGGCGCUUCGAAUGAGGCCGAUAAGCAGGAUGAUUCUGUCACCGUGAUCAACGUUUUCAGCGAGAUCAACCUCGAGCCCAAUGAGCUCAACCAAGUCCCCACGAUCAGUGGCCGGCUCCCCUCUACUGAUGAGGAGGAAGAAGAAAAGCCAAAGGGUGCCAUGCAUUACAUCGAACAUGACAUCCAGGAUGGUUAUCUGGAGCCUAUUAUCAGACAUGUCGUCACGCCCGAGUCGGCAGAUUCAGGAAAAGAAUCAAGAGCGUCUUCACCAGCGUCUGGUGUCGACCCGAGAGUAAUGGUGAUCUCGCUGCAUUCGUGUGGAAAUUUGCUUCAUCACGGAAUUCGAUCUCUCGUUGCGAACCCGUCAGUCGUGGCAGUCGCUAUGAUCGGCUGCUGUUACAAUCUCAUGACGGAGAGACUAGGACCCGCCACAUAUAAACUCCCAGUGCUCCGUUCCCUGCAUCCUAGACUGGAACAAACGGGAACAGCAUAUGAUCCACACGGCUUUCCUAUGUCCAAACGCUUGGAGGAGGUGGUAUAUGAGGGCGGUACUGGCAUGAAGCUGAACAUCACAGCCAGGAUGAUGGCCGUACAGGCGCCAUACAACUGGGGCAAGGAGGACAGCGAGAGCUUCUUCACACGCCACUUCUAUCGAGCCCUGCUCCAGCGUAUCCUUCUGGACAAGAAGAUCAUUCCUAAGCCAGGGGUACCAGCCGAUCCCUCUAGCAUGGACUCGGCUACUGAGGAAACCCCUGGAACACCACUUAUCGUUGGUUCUCUCAGGAAAGGAGCAUUCGAUUCGUUCAACGCAUAUGUUCGUGCAGCGGUGUCGAGACUCGUCCGUGAUCCGAAUUAUGGUCCAAAGAUUGACAAGGAGAUGAGUGGCAUCUCAGACGAAGAGUUGGAGCACUAUGUAGAAGCGUAUAAUUCCGCAAAGCACAAUCUCAGUGUUGUCUGGAGUCUUAUGGCGUUCAGCGCCAACGUCGUCGAGGCUAUUAUUGUCACUGAUAGAUGGCAGUUCCUUCGAGAACAUGAUGUGGUCAAAGACUGCUGGGUCGAGCCAGUGUUUGACUACAAUCAAAGUCCAAGGAACCUGGCAGUUAUAGCCUCCUCUCGCCGGGAAGAUGGGUAUACCUCCAUUAUUGAAGAUGCCCCUUCUGAAGAUGCCCCUUCUGAAGAUGCCCCUUCUGAAGGUUCUCCUUCAGAAAAAGCUCCUGUUGAAGAUAUCUACGCUGAAAAUGCCCCUUCUGAAAGUGUCCCUUCUGAAGGUGCUCCUGCUGAAGAUGCUCCUUUUAAAGAUGUCUACGCUGGAAAUGCCCGCACUGAGGUUGAUCUUCUUGAACAUGAGCUUUCUGAAGCAUCCAAUGGUGCCCUGGACGAAGUAUGCGAAAGUCUAGACGGAGUGUACCUUGAUCGUGGAGAGGAACGCAAAGAUGAACCGAGGAAUCCUAGAGUUGCCAAGUAUGGUACGGACAUCAUCACGCUUUUAGUCGGAACGAACAGAACUCCUUUCCAGGUGCACCAGGGGUUCCUAGAGGAAUCACGCUUCUUUGAGGCCUGCUGUAAUAGAGGCUUCCGCGAGAUGAACGAGAAGUUGGUCCGUCUUCCUGAAGGAGAUCCCAGUGACUUCGCCUACCUGGUCGACUUCCUUUAUGCUGGUAGCAUACCGUGUCACAACUACACUGGAAACCCUAUCUCUGACCUAGACGUCUUUACCGAUCAGAAGCUUUGGUACUCAACUGCUUGGUGCCCUGAUCAGAGAUAUUUCCAUCUGUGGUACCCUUCCUCAGAACACAUAUCCCCGAUCUUUCGUUGCACCAUGUUCGAGGACUGGGACCAGGAGGACUGGGAGAAAAGCGACGAGAAAAAAUUCGCCGAGGAAGCAAAGGCGCAUUUGGAUUUCCUCCUUCGACUCUAUGAACUUGCCGACCAAUACCUUUUCGAUGGCUUCCGUGAACAUAUCAUCGAGCACAUCCUUCACGCUGCCAAUUACUGUGAACCGUACGACUAUUUCGAGGCGGCUAGCACUCUGUACGACUACCCCACUGAGCUUCCACCUCGUUUCAAAGAGGGCAUCAGAAAAUACAUCGAGUUUUACAUCAAGGCCACUGAUCGUGACACGACUGUUGAGCUUAUGGAGGCGAUGGCUGAUAAUUCUCGUUUGGCCAGUGAGAUUAUUGAAGUGAUGAGCCGUCUGCUUGAGGAGCUGAAUCGUUUCUUGGAUGCGGCAUCCAGGGUCGAGAAACCAUGGAGUCUGUAUCCAUGGCAGGCAAUUCAGUGAACGGGGACUUUGAUAGGUGUAUGUGAACAAGUGGUGAUUUUUCUUGAAGACGUGAUCCCUUCAGCUAAAUGUAUUAUAAUGCAAUCAUGAUUUGAAGUGCAAAGGCACAGCAUAGCGAGAUGAUACCAGAAAUGAAAAUUGACCAUAUCUUUAUUAUUCCAUGCCAAGAACUCAAUCAACCUACAUAGUUACAUUCCUAACUACAUCCAGCUAUACCUAUCUAAGUAGAACACAUGCAGCGAAUCUCUGACCAUAUCUUCCUCCUCUGUCGCAUAUCACUUUCACAAGAGCUCAUGUGACUGAAG